GGGUGCCACUGUCCGAAUCCGAUCCACGCGCUCCUCAGCCCGCUGGCAGUUUGCACCCGCUCCCUAAGUCCGGCCCCUCCCCUGCUCUGGCCUUCGGCGGCCUUGGGGCGAGCGAGGGCCUUGCAGGGAGGAAAGCUAAGGCGCAGGCGCAGCCGGGGGGCGUGGCCAGGCUGCUUCCGUGCGCGCGCGCAGGGCACACACGCGGAUCUGCUCAGCCUGGCCCUUCUCGACCGGUCCUGGCUCUGCCGACUCCAGCCAUGGGCCCUGCCGCAGCCUCGGUGAGGGCGCGCUACCUCGUGUACUUCCAGUACUUGGGCACGGAGUUCAAGUACGUCUUCAGGACCUCCCAUCCAUGCCCGCGGCCUCCAAGUGUAUCCCGGCAUCCUAGGUGGGGCCGGGGAGGUGGCGGGGGAGCUAAUUUAGGACUCGACGCCUGGGAAGGGAACGGGCUUGUGCGGGGCGGGCCUCCGUCAGCUAAUCUGAGCCCGCCUCUGCCCGCAGCGGGGUCGCGGCCAUCAGGGGCUCCCAGCGCGCCAUCGGGGUCCAGAACUACCUGGAGGUGAGCUCCGCCGGCCACCCCCUCAGAAUGGAAAGAGGGAGACCCGGGGAAUGGGCAGAUGGGAGCCGCCGGGUCUCUGGGCUCCGGCCUUCGCCCUGCGCUGCCCACCCCGCCCCAGGCGGCUCUGUCCUCGCAGGAGGCUGCAAAGAGGCUGAAUUCGGUGGUGCCGGUCAAGUUCACCAUCUCCAGCCGCACGGAUGCUGGAGUCCACGCGCUGAGCAACGCGGCUCACCUAGACGUCCAGCGCCGCUCAGGCCAGCCCCCCUUCUCCCCCGAGGUCCUGGCUGAAGCUCUCAAUGCCCACCUGAGGCACCCGGCCAUCCGGGUACUGCAGGCCUUCCGAGUACCCGCUGACUUCCAUGCCCGCCAUGCUGCCACAUCCAGGACCUACCUGUACCGCCUGGCCACCGGCUGCCACCGGCCCGAUCAGCUGUCUGUGUUUGAACGAAACCGAUGCUGGGCACUACGGGCAGGCAGCUUGGAUGUAGAUGCCAUGCAGGAGGCUGCCCAGCACCUUCUAGGGACACAUGACUUCAGUGCCUUCCAGUCAGCUGGCAGCCCAGCCACGAGCUCAGUGCGCACACUGCGCCGAGCUUCUGUGUCCCCUGACCUAGGCAGCCCCUUUGUCCUCCCCCAGGAGAACAGGUUGCAGUUCUGGAACCUGGAGUUUGAGAGCCAGUCCUUUCUGUACAGACAGGUUCGGAGAAUGACAGCUGUGCUGGUGGCUGUGGGGCUGGGAGCUCUGAUGCCCGCUCAAGUGAAGGUGAUUUUGGAAAGCCGGGACCCCCUCGGCAGACACCAGACACGUGUGGCCCCGGCCCACGGCUUAUUCCUCAAGUCCGUGCAGUACGGGAGUCUCGGUGGGAAUCCAGCCUGUGUUGAGCAGGAAAGCCAGGGCCCUGGAGGCAAGGAAGCCCCAAAAGUUGGACAAAAAGUCUCCAGCUGCUCCCAAAAGCAGGCAGCCUGGAGUGAGGGGUCUCCUUCCCUUGGGCCCUUAGCCCCAAGCCAUACUCCUGACCCGGCCCCUGUGAUCAAGUUCCCAGUAGGGAGGGAGGCUGAGGGGGCUCGCCUUAGGGAGCGGGGAGGGCCUUGACAGGCAGAGGCUCUGCAGCCCAGAGGAAGCUGUGGCCUGGACAGGCCCAGCCCCUGUAGAAAACCUCCUGUGCCCUGCAGGAUUCACCACAUGGGAGGCACAGAUAAUCCCCAGAUGCCCAGGUGAGAUCAGGGCAGCUGUGACAUACUAGGCCCUGCCACUGGACCCUGCCCAGCUCUGCAUGCCAUGGAGCAGGAGGGACCAGCACUUGGCCAUCCGGAGCCACAGCAGGCUUCCUGCCUCCCACUGGCCCGUAC